AUGGCAGCAAAAAUAUUUGGAGCAGUUUCGAAAAAACUUGAACGACGUCAAUCAACAAGUUCGAGCGAUGAUAGCAUAGAAUCAGGAAAUGUAACACCACGUGUUGUUAAUGUUAGUUAAACUUUUUUUAGUUUUGCAAAAAAUGAAAGUGUUUUCAGAUGCCUGCCUACAAUCAAUCUUCCACAAGAAAGUGAGUUACUAAAUAAAUAUUUUGUUUUUUUUUCUUAACUAAAAACAUCACAUCAUAAAUAUCUAAUAUUUCAAAAUAAUAUUUUCUUUUUUCAGACUUGCAUUUGGAACAUCUGAAACAGAAGAACAUAAACCUCUUGAUGAUUUUUAUAAUAAUUCCACACUUACAAAUUUCACAAAACUAUUUUGUGCAAUUGUUUUACUUUGUGCAUUUUUACUUGUAAUGUCUCGAAGUCUUCAAUUAGCAUACGAUUUCGAUAAUACUGCACCUUCUUCACAAAUUGAUUCAGCAACGAAACAAUUGGAAUUAGAAUUUGAGAGAAGAUUUAUUGAAUUGCAAUUGAAUUAUACUACUUAUUCUUGA